AUGGCCAAGCCCCUUUGCCUCACCAGCAAUGUGUUCAAGGACCCGCAUCUCAACUUUGCAUUUGGAGGCACCGCCGAUUUUCGCGGCCGCCACGGCGUGCUCUACAACUUUCUGUCUGCGCCGGGCCUUUCAGUCAACAUCAAGACGGAGGAGGCGAUCUUCAAGAUCCACGACGGCGCGCUCACGGUGAACGGCUCAUUUUUGACAGAGGCGCACGUGGUCGUGCGAGUCGGUGCAGUGGGCGGGCAUGCCGGGCACAAGGCGACCGCCUCGUUCUGGUCGACCGAGCUGAACGAGCACAACUGGGGCUUUCAGGUGGUGAACGGAAGCUGCGGCGGUCGCCCCUUCAAAUUCGGUAAACACGGGGGGAAGAAGUGCUUCGAGCUCACCAUGGCAAUGGAGCACUCUUCCGCCUACUUCGCCCUGCCGGAUUGGACCGUGACCGUCCACGGAAUGCGCUCUGUUCCAAACGACCUGGACUGGGUCGCGGGGCCCCGCCAUCGGCUGGACAUCAGCUUCGCCAGCCGCGGCUCGCUCGCCCGCUCCAAGCCACACGGACUUAUAGGCCAGUCGUUUGCCACCCCGGGCCUGGUCGCAGCCGAGUGCAGCGAGAUGCCCGAGCAGGAAGUCGUGCCGGCCGAGGGAACGGCCUCUGGCGGCAACGGCUCGUCCACGCCGUGGGCGAGCAGCUCCGACCCGGAGAGCAAGGCGGACGCGGAGGCGUCGCAGGCCUCCGUCGCGCCGGACACCGUCGCUGCCGGCGAGGCGGCGGGCGGCGUCGGCGAGGAGGAGCCCGAGGCGCCCUCGUCGCAGGUCCCGGAGGUCGUCGAGACGGACGUCGAGGAGCACGAGGACGACGAGGACGGCGACGGAGAGGUCGAUCCCGCGGCGAGGCCCGCGCCCGCAGGCUCGCCGGCGCCGAUCCCGGAGGUUGUCGAGACGGACGUCGAGGAGCACGAGGGCGACGAGAAGGAGGCGCCGCCGAGCGACCCCUUUUCCAUGCCCGAGAGCGAGCCAGUCCACCCGCCGCCGGCCGCGGCCGCCCCGCCGGGAGAGGGGACGUUGUCGCCGCCGCCGCCUCGCCGCCGGGGCCUGCACCAGCCAGCGGUCCGCACCGCGCCGGCGGCGCGCAAGAGGCCCACGCCCGCUCCCGCCACCCCGUCGGCCGCUCACGCGGCGCUGACCGAGGCGUCGCUCGAGGGCGACGCGCCGGCCGAGGAGGAGGGCGACGGGCCCACGCCGAGCGCGGCCCCGCCCGUCCGCCGCAAGCUCGACUCCAAGCCGCGCAAGCUGGGCCAGCCCUCUGGAGCGGCCAAGUCAAAGCCGACGCCGCAGCGCAAGCCGGGGGAGAAGCCGCGUGCACAAAAGUCGCGCGGCGAGGGCGCUGCGUCCGAGCCAAAGAAGAAGAAGGCGAAGAAGGACCCGGACGCGCCGAAGGGGGCGCUCUCGGCGUACAUGCUCUGGUCGAUGCAGGAGCGCAAGUCGGAUGCCUACGCCGGCAUGAAGGUGCCCGAGGCGGGCAAGGCGCUCGGCGCGACGUGGAAGACGAUGGACGAGGCGGCGAGGGCGCCGUGGGUCGAGGCGUCGAAGGAGGACCACGCGCGGCACGCUCGCGAGAUGGCGAGCUACGUGCCCAGCCCCGAGUACGCGCGCGCUCAGGCCGCCGCGCCCAAGGCGCGCUCCGGCAGCUCCGGCGGCGCCAAGAAGGCGGCGACGCCCGCCUCGCGCGGAGGCGGCAAGGGCGCGGCCGCGUCGGCCGCGAGCAAGAAGAGCGCCGCCGGCCGCAAGCGCAAGGCUCUGGCUCGAGGCGACGCGGACUCGUCCGACGACGAGGCCACCCCUUCCAAGCUCGCCUUCUCUCCCCCGCCGCCGCUCGCGGACGCGCCGCCGCCAAUGCUGGAGGACGUCCGGCUGCUGCCAAAGGAGCGUGCCCCCAUGCGCGCGCUCAAGCUCAAGGCGCGCGGCGCGCCUCGCCGGACCUCGCCCGCCCCCUCCAUGAGCUCUGAGCCUGCCUCGGGCCGCGGCGCCGCCCGCCGCGCCCUCGCCCCGCUCUCCACCCCCUCCUCCGCGCCGCAGGUUGGCGCGAGGGUGGCGUGGGUCCCGCAGUGCUACAACGAGUUUGCAAAGCGCUACGAGGCGGAGCUGGACGCGCUCCAGCUGGUGAUCGACGUGCCGGCCGACCUGCUCGAGAGCCCCGCCGACGGCACCGCGCACUGCGCCGAGAUCGUCGCCAUCCACCCCGCCGAGACGGAGGGGUGGGAGCUGCUCACUCUCCGCGGCGUCCCGUUCGGCGGCGGGUCCGGCGCGAGCGAGGGGGCAGAGUACUGCCUGCCGUACGUGCCGCGCCGGCUCUGCGACGUGGACCAGCACGUCUGCGCGCUCAAGGAGUACCUCGCCUCGCGCGAGCGCGCCCUCUCCGCCUCGGCGUCUCCGCACGUGCGCGUGCCCUUUGCCGCGCCAGACAGCGAGGGCGAGGAGGAGCUGUGGGAGGGGCGGGUGUGGAGCCGCAAGCCCUUCGACGCCCUCAACUACCCCGACUCGCUCUACCGCUGCCUCAACUGCGUGUGGUACGUCGCCUCCCCCCGCGAGCACGAGGGGGCGUCGAUCCAGCCGCUGUGGGUCUUUGACGAGGAGCAGACGGACAACCAGGCGCCCGAACGCUCCACCCCCCCUCUCUCGAGUCGGCGGACACCGAGCCGCGCGUCCCGCCUUCCCCGCCAUCAGGUGAGCCCGUGGGAGGCGCUCCCGAGCGACACGCACGGCCGCUGGUCCAAGCUGAACCCUCCGCUCGCAAAGCUGGUCGACCAGCUGCGCGUCGACCGCGACACCUACUCCAAGCUGGUGCCCGCCUCCGAGUCGCUCGAGAUCACGGACGCGCUCGCCGGCCAGGCGGGCGCCAGCGGAGCCGCGCUCGAGCGCCUCCGCCAGGACACCUUUCUGCGCGUGCUCAAGCGCCUCCAGAGCAGCGAGCCCGGCCGGUACUUCCAGCCGCCCGUGCCGGCAGACGAGGUCGAGUACUACCGGCAGGUGGACCGCCCGAUGUGCCUGGCCGCGGUCCAGUCGGGGCUGGAGGGGUCCAAGUACGCCUCGUGGGCCGCCUUCGAGGCGGACGUCGUGCUCAUCUACGGCAAUGCCAUGGAGUUCAACGAGGAGGACUCGCUCCCCUUCUACCUGGCGCAGAUGCUCGAGCACGAGUUCAACGAGGCCAAGGAGCUCGUCCGGCAGGCGCUGCCGGCCGUGCUCGAGUGAGCGACACGCGCGCUCAGGGCGCGGGGGAGAGACCGCGCCGCGAGCGCGAGCGCACUGCCGCUGCAGGCCAGAGCGGCGCUCAGCGGGGCGAGAUGAGCGCCUGCCGCUCGACUGCCUCAAGAUGGCCGAUUGGCGAGACAUGCGAGACUCUUUGUGGAUGCUUGUAGCUUGAGCGAGAGCGCAAACUCUUGCCUUUAUGGCUCGAUGCACGAUGAGGUGCCGUGGGUAUGUGGCUUACGCACGGGGAGGGAUGGCGGGAAUGGUGUGAAAAUCGUGGUUGGC